ACUGGGACAGGCAGUGUACACCAGGCAGUGUUUACUGGGGGACUGGGACAGGCAGUGUACACCAGGCAGCGUAUACUGGGGGACUGGGACAGGCAGUAUAUACUGAGGGACUGGGACAGGCAGUGUACACCAGGCAGUGUACACUGAGGGACUGGGACAGGCAGUGUACACCAGGCAGCGUAUACUGAGGGACUGGGACAGGCAGUGUACACCAGGCAGCGUAUACUGGGGGACUGGGACAGGCAGUGUACACUGGGGGACUGGGACAGGCAGUGUAUACUGAGGGACUGGGACAGGCAGUGUACACCAGGCAGUGUAUACUGGGGGACUGGGACAGGCAGUGUACACCAGGCAGCGUAUACUGGGGGACUGGGACAGGCAGUGUACACUGGGGGACUGGGACAGGCAGUGUAUACUGAGGGACUGGGACAGGCAGUGUACACCAGGCAGUGUAUACUGAGGGACUGUGACAGUUAGUGUACACCAGGCAGUGUAUACCGAGGGACUGUGACAGUUAGUGUAUAUUGAGGGUGCUAGGAGUCAGUGUACACCAGACAGUGUAUACUCGGGGGACUGGGACAGGCAGUGUACACCAGGCAGUGUAUACUGAGGGACUGGGACAGUUAGUGUAUAUUGAGGGUGCUAGGAGUCAGUGUACACCAGGCAGUGUAUACUCGGGGGAAAUAACAGGCAGUGUAUAUCGGGGGGAAAUAGGAGUCAGUGUACACCAGGCAGUGUAUACAGAGGGGAAUAGGAGUCAGUGUACAUCUGGCAGUGUAUACCAAGGGUAAAGAAGUCAGUGUGCAUCUGGCAGUGUAUAUGAGGGGUUAGAGGAGUCAGUUGGUGUAAACUGAGAGAUUGAAGAGCAGUCAGUGUAUACUGAGGGACUAGUCCGUGUACUCUGAGGGAUUUGGAGGUAGUCUGAGGGAGUUGAAUGUUAGAGAGAUGCAGAGAGUGAAGGGAGGCAGGCUCUGAGUGUUGGACAGUGGCACUGUGAACACAGAACAGCUGUUACUAGAGAGAUCCAGGGACACCCGGUUAACCAGGGCAGGGGAGAUUGGUUAAACAUGCAUUAUUGUCCGGAGUUAUAAAGAUAACCAGCCAGUGAGUGCAGGCUACAGAACAGACCAAGUCAACAGCUGGGUUAUGAAAGUUAACUCUCUGAAUAUUUAAUUCACGGCGAAAGUUUGAUGAUAGCGAACUGAGAUUGAAAGUAAAGUGUGUAAAACAAAACAAAUUACAAGCGACAGUGGAGUGUUUCAAGAGUAGUUGUAUUCCUGUGCGGCCAGAAACAGUGUGAAUGAUUGCAUUUAUUGAACCUCCACCAGCCGUGAGGAGUCUGCCCGUGCUCGGGUUGGAUUGUCGCUGCUGCAGAUCAAAGGCGCACAUCUGAAAGUGCAUUUUUGAAAUUUAAAUCCGGUCGUUAUCGAGAGAAGUCGGAGAUGUCGACGCUGACGUUUAAGAACAAGCUGGUGAAUUUGCUGUGUUGCAAGUUCUGUGACAAUAUGCUGUGUGCCCGGGGUAUGAAGGCAGUGCUCCUUGCUGACACAGACGUGGAGCUUUAUUCCACUGACAUCCCUCCCACAAGGGCUGUGGACUUUGUUGGAAAUUGUUACCUCACAGAAAGCUGCAAAUGUAAAAUAAAAGACAUUGCAUGUUUAAAAUGUGGUAAUGCUGUUGGCUACCAUGUGGUUGUUCCAUGCAAGCCAUGUUUGCUUUCCUGUAACAAUGGCCAUUUCUGGAUGUUUCACAGCCAGGUGAUCUAUGCUGUCAAUAGAUUGGAUUCCUCUGGUGUGGAUCUGCUGCUGUGGGGGAACUUACCAGAUACAGAAGAUGAAGAGACUGUAUUUAACUUAUCUGAAGAGGAGUGUAUCAGAUGAUGAAAAAAUCAACAGCUUCUACAUUUUGGCUUUGUUUUGUUUUAAAUAUAAACCUACUUUGUCAUCAUGUCAAUUUUCUAAACACUUUAGAAUCUGCAGCAUGAUGAUUUAACUGCAGUUUGUGAGCUGGAGCCAGCUUGUUUGAAGUUCUUUACAGCAGAGAAGGAUGUGAACAUUCUCACCCUGCAAGUUGUUAAAUGAACACGAGGCAGGAUUGGUGAAGUGCUGUUUGAUGCUUUGCAGCUUUUGAGACAAUUGUGUCAGACCCUACUGAAGACUUCUGCCUAUAAUUAAACAUGAACACACUGGACAGGCCUCGCACAGCUCAUACCAGAUUUCACAAUGGCUGUAACUGACAACUGUGGUUGUGUAUGGUGUAACAUUGGGGUUGGGUUAAUCUCUCCCUCUCCUCUACAUUUUAUUCUCAAUGAUCCAUCUGAUGUGAAAGCUGUAUUUUUGGAAGGCAACCUAUUUGCACUUAAAGAAGGCAAAGAUUGUUUUUAUAAGGUAGCAAAGCAGGAAUUCAUACUUCUUUCAAGUAAUUUCCCUGGGAAUAAUGUUACUGGCUAUAUUUAAUUGUUCUUAAUGUUUAAAUUGGAGUUAUUUCUGAAGGGGAGCUUAUGAUGAAUGAAGCCCUCUUAUCAAUGAUGGGCAUGCAACGCUCAGACUCUGCUGGCCUUGCAUAUCAGAUGUAGCCACUCAGCUUAAUUGUGGCUAAAUAUUUGUAUAUGAGGGUACUCUUGCAAAGGAAUGAAAUAUGUGAUAAAUCUGUUCCAUGUCUGUCCUCCUUUCCAGAUCACAGCAUAUGUGGACAGACUGUAACAGUGAAGUUUUAAUGUCAUCUGUUUGCAUUUUGGCUUUUAACUUAAAUUUCAAACAUAAACUGUCCUGUACUGCAGUGUACUCCAGUAAAACAGGAAUUGCUGAGCAAUGAGAGGAAGGGCCACUGCAACACCCUUUUGGCCACAGACACUGAUUUUAUUAAGAAACAUCUUGAAUAAAAUCAGUUUUCUAUUCAAAGUUUGAAUUUCUGACUUGAAUUAAACAGACCCAUGACAUACUAACGCAAUUCCUAGGUUCUGUUCAGCAGCCACCAAUAAUACUUAGACUUCAUCGGUAUGAUUGUGUGGAUCAAUGUUUUCAGCAGUGAGACUGACAAUACCCCUGCUCUCCAUAGAACACGGUUAGAUGCUCCUUGAUCUUUGCCAGGGUAAGCCCCACUGCAGCUGUUUGUUAUUCAUUGGAUUGCUUUUUUUCUGGCCUGGAGUGAUUAUUUCAUUUGGUACUGCUGAUUGUGAAAGCAAUUCUCCUCUUGACAAUGUUGCUGAUAUUUCCAGCAUACAGCCAUAGUGACUCUAUGGCUGUAUGCUGAAACCUGACAUUUUUUAACAGGUAAACAAGGAAGUAGAGCCCUCAUAAUGACCAAAUAUCAUUCACACAGAUUGCUUUUCCUCAUAAUUUUAACAAAUGCAUAAUGAUUAAAAUCCAUAUGCACACACUGGGCAAAUCAAAUCAUCGAGAUCACCAGCCCAGUGACAGUGACCUUCAUUUCUUUCCAGUUACUUAUCAAAAAUGCAAUUUAGCUAUUUUUGAUGCUCUUUGAAAAUGUAGUGAACAUUAUUGGAAUUCCUUUUUGGAAGAAUGCUUCCUCAUUUGGUUUAUUACACAAAUAGAAAGAUUUGCUGACAAGUAAGAAUACACUCUGGAAAUUAUAGUGAAAUUCUGUGUGUGCACCCUGCCAGGCUUAUGGGUUAAAAUAUAGCUAGUUACGCAAACCACUAAAGGGUGGCUGCUCCAAAUGGAGCGCUGUCCCUUCAGAGAGCAUGGAAACAGACCAUUCAGCCCAACUUGUCCAUGCUGACCAGAUAUCCCAAUCCAAUCUAGUCCCAUUUGC